UUCCCUUGCCUAGGCCUGCUAUGCUGCGGCGGCAGAUACAUGAUGUUCGUGAGCCGGAAUCCCCAACUUCAAGAUGACCACUGUUCGUCCUUUUACGUGUGAAGACCUGUUUAAAUUUAAUAACGUCAAUCUUGAUCCUCUUACUGAGACCUAUGGAGCUGCUUUCUACCUCCAGUAUCUCGCUCACUGGCCGGAGUACUUUCAAGUCUGUGAGUCAGCAUCUGGAAAGAUCAUGGGAUAUAUCAUGGGUAAAUCGGAGGGCUCAAUCCCCCAGGAGACGUGGCAUGGUCAUGUGACUGCAGUGACAGUAGCCCCCGAGUUUCGACGACUCGGUCUUGCCGCCAAGAUGAUGAACUUUCUGGAGGAGGUGUCUGAAAAGAAGGCAUGUUUUUUUGUAGACCUGUUUGUCCGCGUCUCCAACGAGGUAGCCGUCACAAUGUACAAGGGCCUAGGCUACACUGUGUAUCGCAGAGUCAUAGAGUACUACUCGGGUGACCCUGAUGAAGAUGCAUUUGACAUGCGCAAAGCCCUGAGUCGAGACAAGGACAAGAAAUCAGUGAUACCUCUGAAGGACCCUGUCUACCCUGAAGAUGUGGAAUGACGUUAACAAGGUGAAUUCAAGCUGUAAACUUCAAUGCUUAUAAAGGUCAUUGAUUGGGGGGGGGGAACUGCUCCCAGUGGAAUCUACGCAGCAAGAUGCCAUCUUGUUCACUCUUCUUGGGAGAAGUAAGUGCAUUGUUGAAUAGGUAAACAGCUGCUUUAUGUUCUGAAUGUAAAAUCAGUUUUAAUUAUGCAAAGUUGGGGUUGAAACUGAACAUCUUAAGUCCUCGACAGCCUAAAUGACGGAGAAAUGUUGAAUGAAGUUUACAGCAUGGAUUCACCUGCAAAUA